UUGCGCUUGUUGAGGAGAGAGGUGUUUGUCGUGUACGUGCGUCUGUGUCAUAACAACUGUGAACAUGACAAAACAACGACAGAGCUCCGCGUCGCCUCGAGUGGUUAACCGGGUAGACCGAGAAUUCAAGGGCCAGAGCAAGGUCGAGAUGUACCUGGAUAAGCUGACCGACUUGGUGCCGUACGUGCCGCGCAACCGCAAAUUGAGCAAACUGGAGGUGAUCCAGUAUGUCAUCGAAUACAUUUGCGACCUGCAGGACGUGCUAGACAUACAGCACCCUGUUCCAUCUUUGGUGGCCACCGAGAACUCGACAGCGACCGCCUCCGCCAGCUCGCAGCCCGCCGUCGCCGCCGCCUCCAGACAACCACUCGGGGUCAUUCCGCCCAACACAUACGCUGACUCGUUGUCCUUAGUGAACCAACCACAGUUGGAAAGCGAAAAGUCGUCAUCAGCAGACAACGAAAUGUCCACCUGCUAAGAACUGCGUGGAUCAAUUUGUGCAAUUUUUCACGUUUAGAAGAGCGAAUGAAAGCCGCCCCCCACCUCACCACCUAGAUUAAAAGUGCAUUUAUUAAACAAAGAUGAUUCACCUGUGAGCCUCGCAAUGCCCAAAAAGACAAUGUACAGAACUCAUGUGCGCGAAAUCAGAAUUAAUUUAUUUAUAAUUUAUUACAAUGUUAUGAUUCCCAUAGAUUGCGGAAUAAGCAGAAUUUGAUGAAGAUUUCAAAUUUCACUGAUUAAGUCUCGUUAGCAUCUUCUGAAACUGUUCAUCGAUCCAAUCUCAUCAAGGACGCCUGAUGGACGACAGCAGACUGGGAAACCUGCUAACGAAACCAGUACAAAGCUACGGCGUCGACUGUAUAUAUUUCUGCAGCUUAUUUCUACGAUGAUUGAGCGCCAUUUGGGCAUUUCCCACAGUGCAACAUUCUACUCGUUUGAAUCCCACGAAUUAAAAGAAUGUAUCCCUUAAAAAUCAUGCCAGUGUAAAUUUUCAGUUCCAUCGAGAACUUUGCCACAUAAUUACCAACACAGAUUGUUGAGCGGAGAGAGAAUGCUGAAUGGCUGCAUCAUUUUCGUAACCGUCUGUGAUUUUUAGUUUGUAACUUUUAGUGUUAAUGAAAUACUGUCCGCUUAACUUUUAGUGUUAAUGAAAUACUUUCCGCGACUCAUUUCCAUACUUAAUAAGAAUGUAAUAAUGCAGAAAGAAAUGGAAAUAAAAUCAUGAAAGUUCAAUGAA